AUGGCCGCUGGCAAGGAGAAGCGCGGUGGCCUGCGGGGCGCAAGGACCUGCCGUCGUCACCUCCUCCGCCGGCCGUCAGGCCCGCUUUGCCGCUCGCGGGUCACCGCCAUCAUCGGGGCCGUGCCUCCACCGGCGUCGGUUCUGCUCCUCGGCCCCCUCAGCUUCCCGGCGGACGAGGCGCUAGUGCCUGGGGCACUCUAUGCUAAGCUCCCCAUGAAGCGCUUGGGCGCGCCCGUGGCACAUGCGGACGUGGCGCACCUGGCGCCCGCGGUGGUUGCCGGCAGGGAGAAGGCGCGGGCAACGAGGAGGAGGAUGAGGCCGGCGGUGUCGCCCGCCGCCACGGCCAAGGUGGCAGCCGUCGUCGCGCCGCCUGAGGUUGUGGAGGCUGCCGCCGCUGCAGCGCUGCUUCUCAAGAUGGACGCGAGCAAGCCGAGGGCCCUGAGGCUGGAGGACAUGGUCGUGGACGAUGAGGCUGCCGCGGCGGAGAUCGAGGAGCUCAAGCCUCAACGUGUCGACCCCAAUAGCGGGCUAGCAGGCGCGGUCGGCCGAUUUGUUCCGUGA